GAUGGUGCUGCUUACGAUGAUCGCCCGCGUGGCGGACGGGCUCCCGCUGGCCGCCUCCAUGCAGGAGGACGAGCAGUCAGGCCGCGAUCUGCAGCAGUACCAGAGUCAAGCGAAGCAGCUCUUCCGCAAGCUGAAUGAGCAGUCCCCCACGAGAUGUACUCUCGAAGCAGGAGCCAUGGCUUUCCACUACAUCAUUGAGAAAGGAGUGUGUUACCUGGUCCUGUGUGAAGCUGCAUUCCCCAAGAAACUGGCCUUUGCAUAUCUGGAAGACUUGCAUUCAGAGUUUGAUGAGCAGCAUGGCAAGAAGGUGCCGACGGUCUCCAGACCCUAUUCCUUCAUUGAAUUUGAUACCUACAUCCAGAAAACCAAGAAGCUCUACAUUGAUAGCCGGGCAAGGAGGAACCUGGGCUCCAUCAACACAGAGCUGCAAGAUGUGCAGAGGAUUAUGGUGGCCAACAUUGAAGAAGUCUUACAGCGAGGAGAGGCACUUUCAGCUCUUGAUUCCAAGGCCAACAACUUGUCCAGUUUGUCCAAGAAGUACCGUCAGGAUGCGAAGUAUCUGAACAUGCGUUCCACUUAUGCCAAACUUGCGGCCGUAGCUGUGUUUUUUAUCAUGUUGAUCGUCUACGUGAGAUUCUGGUGGCUGUGAGCUGGUUGCAGUCACGGAAGAGGGAAAGCCGGUAGCCUGGCAGGUGUAUGUGUGCAGGACACUGUUCACAGGGGAUGUGCAUUAGAAUCCACACAGGACCAUCACCUUCAUGGGAGUGUCCUGAAAUCGUUAGGUGACACCUGACUACUACAUCUCUUAGUGAAGCCUAACAAUAGGUGUAAAGGCUUGUUGACUACAGGCUUUUCCUCUGAGGCAGUUUGCACUAGGGUACUGCAGAGUUUGGCCUCCCACAGUUCUGCCCCCCUCCGGGCACGCUCUGGGAACAGUCAAUGAGUGCGGUUUAGCAUAAUCACGUUGUACGUCCUCCUGUUGAGUAGCUCUAGUGGGAACUGGACUCUAAUGAACAUUCCUUGUGUUGGCAAUGUUUGCUUUUUUAGAAUCUGGGUCUGCAGGUUUUUUUUUGUUUUUCUUUUUUUUUUUAAAGACAGGACUCCCCCAUUUGAAGGCAGAUACUGCACUGUACAUAAAAUAGCUUUCACCUCUGUCAGAGUAACUAUUGUUGAGUUUUCUGUGUCUGACAUCUUGGCUUGUUACACUUUAAAUUGCUUUAGGAAGAAAUGGAUGUUAAAUUAUGCCUUAAAAUACAUUCUGUCUAGUACUAGGAGGGGCAAUGAAAGGCUUCUACGUUACUGAUUCCUACAAAAUUAAACUACAGGUUUGUAAGUGUCCCCUUUCCCUCUCCUGAUGGCUGUGUAUGACAAUAUGUUUCCAUGUGAACAGGGUGUGUAAUUCAAGUGCUGUUGGAGUGGGCACAGUGCAAACUAUGUCAGCACUCUGUAUUUUUCCCUCCUAUCUGCAGAUUCACUACAUUAUUUCCUUCCUUUUUAUAACCAUACUUUCCUUCCAAAAUGUGUCAAAACUGCCAGCAUUUCAGCUCUGGGAUGCUUGUUUUCUUUCUCCGUCUUUCCUUCACCCAAAACAACCAAAAAACCAAAACUCUGAAUGUUGUUGUGAAGAAAAGGCAGUGUUUCCUUAAAGAACACUUUAACUUUACAUGAAGGAUUCAAAAGGAUAAGUUUAAAACAGUGGAAUCCUUUGGAAACACCAUCUUUUUUUUCCUGUGGUCACCCUCUCCCUACCUCACUUGGGAAGUUGAAACUGUAGGUGAAGAAAAACUCAUUAUGGGGCAAUAGUAUAUAGCUUCUUUCUCAUGGGCCAAUCUAUAUAUUUCCAGUGUAAUGUGAUUAUUAUUUUUUUUUUAUUUUUUUGGUCCACCUGUGCUAAGAAUAAUGUUUUACCAGUUAGCUUUUGGGUUUAUUUUGAAAGAGAAAAAAGAAACCCCACAGCUCAGGCACUCAGGUGUCUGCCACUUGGUAGGAAGCAGGCAGUGUCACAGAAGGAAGUUUCAGGACUCCCCAGCACCUUUUACAAGCACAUAAUCUUGUGUAGUUCUGGAAGUAUAAACUGUGACCUGGAAGCAUUUCCUGCCACUGAGUAGGAAACAGGGAGCUGUUGUCCUGUCUGGGAACACUCCCCAGCUUGGCACUGUGUUGGACUGGCAGGGAAGCAAUUAGCACUCAUCCACCAGUAGACCUAGGAAAUCUGAUCUGCCACGUAGUCUAAAAUCAUCUGGUUCCUGCAUGAUGCCUCCAAGUGUUACUUUGUAGAUUGCUUUAUUAUUAUUAUUAUCAUUAUUUUAAUCCUUUUAAGUGGUGUCCCUAACAGGUGAAUGUCCCAGUGAUGUAGGUCUGUGUAAUGUAGGUGCUGAAAGGUGAGCAGACACCAACUGUACGUGGAUUGUCGUGAUUGAGGGGAGUGACGUUCCUGCAGCAAAGGGCAGCUCGGUGAGCAGUUGCCUCCUGCAGCCCCAGUGUCAGCAGUGAAAUAAACGCUUCUGAAAAAUC